CGAGCGGCAGCAGCGGGCAGCGGCCCCCCUCUACCCCCGGCAUGGAGCGAGGCGGCGGCAGCAGCGCUGCCGGCCCGUCCCCGUCCCCGUCCCCGUCCCCGUCGCGGUCCCCGUCCCCUUCCGAGGACCGCGAGUGCUGCGCGGGGCUGUGGGAGCUGCCGGUGGAGCGCUGCGAGAGGCGGCCGGAGUGCGGCCGCUGCAGAAGGCUACCCAGACGGAGUUGUUACAUUUUGCCCAGGGAAAUGCAGAACUGUGCACAAACACAUUUUAGAGAUAAAACGCAAAAAGUAAAAAGUUGCAGCCGUCCUCAGAAGGUGUGUUUGUGUCCAUUCCUGCCCAUACAUCCUCUAAAAGUCUCCACCUGCUUGUAUAUAAUUCAGCAUCCAGCAGAGGAAAGUCGAGUGUUAAGGACAGUACCUUUGCUAGCAGCUUGUCUUCCUCCAGAGAAAUGUAAAAUUUUGAUUGGUCGACGUUUUAGUGAAGACAGGUACCCUGAGUUAGCAACUGUGUGCAGAAAUCCCAGUACUCUUAUUUUGUAUCCUGGCGCUGAAGCAACCAAUUUGGAAGAAGUCACUUUGGGGUCUUCCAGUCCACCAAUUAUGAUAAUCAUUGAUGGAACUUGGAGUCAAGCUAAAGAUAUAUUUUACAAAAAUUCACUCUUCCGGCUUCCAAAACAGGUGCAGUUAAAAACCAACAUUUCAAGUCAAUAUGUAAUUCGUACACAGCCAACAAACACCUGUCUCUCUACACUUGAAUGUGCAGCUGUUGCUCUUACUAUUAUGGAAAAAAAUAAGAGUAUACAGGAGACUAUACUCCGUCCACUUCAAGCUUUAUGCUCUUUCCAGCUUCAGCAUGGUGCCCAAAUCCAUCACAGCAAGGAACAUCUUCUCAAGAAUGGCUUGUAUGACAAGCCAAUGCCAAAGAAUAAGCGCAAACUCAGAAGAAUGGAGCUUUUGGUGAAUAAUGUAAAAAUAUAGGCAAACUGUACCUACAGUACAGUGAGAUUUAUUUGCAGCUAGCAAAUGAAUGUUAAUCUGGAUUUAGUCCAGACAAAUUCCCCUACAGUAAUAAAAUAAUUUCUAGGCCCUUCAUAGUCGAGCGUUUAUCUACCAGUAUGACAAACAGCAGUGGACAAACUUUUUCAUUUUGCAGUAGGCCAGAUGCCUUUGUUUAGAUGAUAGAUCAUUCUCAUUUCCUAUAGAAAUGGAGAAAAUUCUGAGCAUAAUUUAGAGUUAUAUUAUCUCUUCGGUGAAUAGUAUGAUCCUCAAUAAUACUGAAUAAAUUUACUUUGAAGAAGCUUUUAUGAGUAUGAAAAUAAGAAGAAUGUCAAUGUAAUCUAAUGCUAAGGUUUCACUGUUUAGAAGUAUAUUGAAUUUCUGCUAUUUUAAUUUCAAUAUCUAAUUACAAUAGGUUUUCAAACAGUAAUUCCUUAUGUUAUUUAGUUCUCCUGAGCAUAAGGCAUGGUAUUUGUAUAGUUCUUUUGACUUUGAGAUUUUUAUUUCUUUGAGAUUUUUAUUUCUUCCAUUAUUAGAAUUCCUUUUUGUAAUUGUUUGUAACAUUUUACAAUGCAGUCAGGUUCAGUUUGUAUCUUAGUCUUAGCUGUUCAAAUUAAGCUCAUAUACAUGUAUGUGUGUAUAUAUAUAUAUAUAUAUAUAUAUAUAUAUGUAUAUAUAUAUAUAUAUACACACACACAUAUUUACCUGAACACUUCUGAUUUAAAAACAGAAAUAAAAAAAGAUGUGGAGAAAUCAUUUUGGAAUUGUAAUUCAUGUACUUUUUUUUUUUUUUUUUAGCAAAACCAAUUUUUCUUCAGAAAGAAAUGAAGGGGACAUUUUAUGCAUAAGACAGGCAAUAUAUAUCAUAUCCAUACCCUUACAUACAAUUGUUAUGACAGUUAGGGGAUUAAAUAAACCCGGUGUAGACAGCACAUUCAGAAGUAUGAUGCAAUGACAAAUGUUUAUUUUUAGAUACAGCCUACUAACAUGUUUGCAAAUCCAUUGGAUUUAUGUGUGUUCUUUAGUUCGUCUCUUUUAACUGUGAUACAAAAUGUAUUUCUUUCUAAUGUGAAUUGCUACAGACAGAAGGAUUGGGUAUUUUUUACAGACUUUGUGAAUUAAUGUUUUAUGAUCUAGAGAAAAAAAAAAAGGAUGAAAUAAAGGUUUUGAUGUUCCUUU